AAAGAAGGAAGGUCUAGAAAGUUCCCCCGAAGAGAGCUUAAUUUCUUCGGCCCCGUUAGUGUGAAUGACACGCGCUUUGCUGGAGAGCCGUUUGGUUUGUGACGCACGGAUGACCAUUGAGCUGCGCGAGGUGCUCACAAUCAGUUCAGCUCAGCUCAGCUCGGAAACACGUACGCUAGUAAUGCUGGGCUCAGACGACCACGGAGAGACUCUCAAGCGGAACGGUACCGGAAUGAAGCGUCCGCUGAGUCCUGUUGAAGACGGGUUGCUGACCGAACAGACUGGGCAUGAGGGCAUGUCCUCUGAUGGGGUGGAGUAUAUAAGACAGGACGUCCCACCUAUAAACUCUCGUCCGAAGCGGGAGCGCAAACACAGGUCGUACACACUCUGUGAAGUGUGCAACAUUCAGCUGAACUCCGCAGCACAAGCACAGAUACACUACAAUGGCAAAACACACCAGAAAAGACUCAAACACAUAAACAACAGCAGCACAGGUAUGGCUGCUCAGGGGAGCCCCCUGCUGGCCUCAUUACCGGUGCAGGGUCGCCCACUUCAGACCCCUCUGGACCUGAAACACUUCCUGCCCUUCCGGCUCAGUGGCUCCUCCCCCCUCAACCUGUUCCCCAACUUCAACACUAUGGACCCGGUGCAGAAGGCUGUGAUAAACCAUACGUUUGGUGUUCCUCAGUCCCUGAAGAAAAAACAGGUCAUCUCAUGCAAUAUCUGCCACCUGCGCUUCAACUCCACGAAUCAGGCUGAGGCUCAUUAUAAAGGCCAUAAACAUGCUCGUAAGCUGAAAGCAUUAGAGGCUCAGAAGAACAAACAGCAGAGGCGACAACUCGACAACACACAUCACAACCGAGACAGAGAGAAGGACCGAGAGAGGGAAAGGGAGAGAGACAGCAGCAGAGUGAAAACGAGCGCUCCAGAUCCACUUCCUGCCCUGCUGGAUGACACCGCCAUGGAGGAAAGUAAGUGAACUCACGGAGGAUUCACUGCAUGAGUGAGCCUUUUUGUUACUGCAGGAAACAUGCCCUGAUACGAUUUAAAUUUAUUACAGACAACAUAAAACACAUUUGCAACAUAUUUAACUUCUGUAAUUCUGUAAUCUCUCAGAGUCAAGAAUAUUCAGCUCAUUUUAACAUGGGACAAUGAUAGACUCUCGUUUCUGCGUGUUACCAAAAUGAUAUAAUGGCUAUGAUCA